UCGUUUUGAAGAUUUUGCUUUGUAUAUCUUCGGUUGUAAAUCGAAAUCCACCAGUUUUCGGGCGAAGGAAUUUUUUUUGUUCCUUUUUUCUUACAGGAGAGAAGUACAUUUCCGAUGCUAUUGAAGGUAGCGUCCUGAUCAAAGUGAUUCUUAUCUUGUCAGCUUGGGAACCUUUGUUCGGCUUACUAGAGGUUGCUGAGAAAUGGAUGGAAAUGCUUCUUGUGAAGACGUUGAUAACAUUGACUGGGAUACCGAAGAUGAACUAGAAAUUCAGGAUAUUCCUGUUUCAUCUUGUUCAAGGUUGACGCCGCCUGGUGAAGAAUCUGUUGCUGGCACGGGGGAGGCAAGCUCAUCAGUAGAUCCUUCUUCCCACUCCAAGUUGGUUCAUCAUUUCAUAGGGAUGGGGUUUUCUGAAAAAUUGGUUACAAAAGCAAUUGAGGAGAAUGGACAAGGCAAUACAGAAUCAAUUCUAGAAACUCUCCUGACAUACUCGGUAAGUCUCACACAUUUUGAGACACUUUCCUGUAGCUUUUUCCUUCACCGCUUAAGCCCUUUGAUACUCAUCGGUGCUUUGUGAAUGAA